UAUAUCGGUCUACAGUCGAUACGGAUAUAGCUCAAGCGUUAUAGUGAUCUGGCUGGUCACUAUAGAACCGCCGCUCACGAUGGACGCCGAUUCGAUGAUCCGUCUCAACGGUCGCGUCGCCGAAUAUCUAUCAUCCACCGUUGUCGGUGCGAUCGACGGCCGAGACAAUGCCGGCUGGACGAUAUCCGCGGCCAACGGGACGACGGUAGCCGGUCGCGGACUCGUAGCCGUCCGGGAUUACGCGCCGGGCGAUGUGAUAUUCGCGGACGCGCCCCUACUUACGUCGCCCAGGGUUUUGUUGGCCGACGAAGACAAACGUCCCAUGUGUGCGGUCUGUUACCGGGACGACGAACCGCUCCGGGGGUGUCCAGGCGGAUGCGGAUGGCCCGUGUGUGACGUCGUAUGUGCCCGAUCGGCCACACACACCAGGGAGUGCGAGUACAUGCGCCGUCUCCGGCCCAAAGUGGUGCACCGAGACGACGCUGGCUGGACGGUGGGCCUGUACAACGCGAUCGCCGCCGUCCGGGGUCUAGUAGCGCUCAAGAAAGGCCCGUUUGGGUUCUUCUUAAACGUGUUGCAAAAGAAAUCUACGGACAAGCCGGUUUUAGAGGUGGAAGAACUAAAGAGAAACGUGAAAUCGUGUUUGAACGAAGAAGACCAACUGAUAAUGGAGACCGCUUGUAAAAUAAUGGACGCCAACGCUUUUGAAGCUAUUAUUACCCGCAAGUACAGUCAGGUUAGUCUGAGAGGCCUGUACCCGGUGGCCGCUUUCAUGAACCAUUCUUGUGUACCUAACACCAUGCACAAUUUCAACGGGAAACUCGAAAUGAUCGUCAAGGCUUCGGUGCCGAUUCGCAAAGGCCAAGAAAUCACAUCGUCGUACACUCACUUGAUAUGGUCGACUCCCAUGCGACAACAUCACUUGCUGAUCUCUAAACAGUUUAUCUGCACUUGCCGUAGAUGCCGUGAUCCUCAGGAAUUCGGUACCGAACUGUCAGCGUUAAACUGUACGGUGAUAAAUUGUCAGGGACGCAUCUUGCCGGUCAAUCCGUUGGACAAAACAGCUGUAUGGCUGUGUAAGGUGUGCGCCAAGCUUAUAUCACACACCGAAGUCGCCGUUUUACACAAGUCCGUGGGUUCGUUGAUGAAAAAAAUGCAAUCUUUCCAUCCCAAAAUCGUCGAAGCCUUUCUGGAAAAGUACAAAAUUAACACAAACAAUCCGUUUGUGGUCGAUUUCAGAAUCAAGUUCAUAUGGACAUCCGUCAACUCAGGUCUGACACUCGAACAAUUACAGUACAAGGAAAAAUUGUGUACCGAAAUAUUGAAUCUCAUUCAGACGCUCGGGCUAGGAAAAUGCCGUCUUUUUGGAUUAAUUAACAAAGAGCUGCAGUUGGUGUUGAAAGAAAGUUACCAUCGAUUCGAUUGGGAUAAAACGACCAAACGGGUAAUGCAAGACCAGAUUGAAAAUUUGGAAGUAGUAUUCACAACAGUUUUGGACCAAAACACUAGUUCCACGGGCCAUGAGGAGUAGCCGCUCAUUGUAAUUAAUAUUAAUAAUCAUAAUCAAAUAAUUAUUUUAAAUAAUAAUUUAAAUAACUAUAAUUUGAUCAGCUGUGAAACGUAUAUGAAGUAUUCUGCGUUAGAAUAAGUGAAAAAAAAAAUAAACUCUUUGUCUCCCUUUCAAAUGGAAUAUGCUUACUUACAAUACUUACUUACCUGAAUACGAAUUCGGAACUCUAUAGUUUUGUUGAAGACGUUGAAUAUUGUCAAGUAAAAUAAUUGUUAUGGAAAAAAACA